AUGAAGCCUGCAUCUUCUCAUCUUCUCGCAUCUUCCAUCUCACUCCCAUCCGCCGUGCUCGCUGCAGACCUCACCGCAGACGCGACUGGCUCCCGCGGCAUCAAACGCAGCCGUUCAGAAGACCGGUAUGGCGAACAGCUCGUCGACCAGGACGUCGAAGAUGACAGUAGGCGCAAAAGAGGGCGACCCCCAAAAGCCACCCGCCCGCCCAACAUCACCGCCAGCCAUAACAACAUCAACAACAGCAACAACAACAUCACGCCCAUCCUCGCUACGACGAUAACGAUGGCGUCCUCGCCCAGGAUAGCCCCAGACCUCGCCCUCCAGUCCUCUCCGCCCAAGACCACAAAAUCUGUCCUCAAGGCCCUGCCCACCGUCAGAGACCACACGACCGACCAGCUCGGCGAAGACGGCGACGAGUACAUCCCCAAGGAGUUCGAUGCCAGCGGCGAGAAGAAGGUCGAUGGCCUGGGCUACCUGCAGGAUACCCGCACCUACAAGUGCCGUACCUUCCGCCUCGCAAACCGCGGCAACAAACUCUUCAUGCUGGCCACGGAGUGCGCGCGCGUGCUAGGCUACCGCGACUCAUACCUGCUCUUCAACAAGAACAGGUCCCUGUUCAAGAUCAUCGCCAACCAGGCCGAGAAGGACGACCUGAUCGCACAGGACAUCCUGCCGUACUCGUACCGCUCGCGACAGAUUGCCAUCGUCACCGCUCGCUCCAUGUUCCGCCAGUUCGGCAGCAAGGUCAUAGUCAACGGCAGACGCGUGCGCGACGACUACUGGGAGAGCAAGGCUAUCAAACAAGGAUUUACAGAAGAAGACAUGGCGGGCGAGAAACGUCCAGGCGCUGGCAAGGCACGUGAGGCUGCCGCCGCCGAAGCUGCUGCCUCCAUGAAUGCCAUACCCGCCGCGCUGGGGCACAACGACGUCAUCUACACCAACACCUCGACCGACGCACACGGCCUGACCUCGACGCUCUCCCAUCCCGCCUCCCUUGCUCCGUUGCCCAUGAUAAACCCUGCCCCGUCCGAUGACCCCCGUCUCCGCGAGUACAGCGGCCUCCCGCGCCCGAGACAGGAUCUGGGCGGCCAGCCGUACCAGGACCGCUCCGUCCCCAGUGCUGCCGCCGAUAUCGUCAACCAGGCCUCGCAUACGGCAGAGUUCAGCAAAAUCCUUAAUCAGCAGCGCAGCUUUCGCGCAAAGGGGCUGGAAGACCACUGGAACCGGCCGCGCGAGGCUCCGAUAUCAGACACCGCUCUCCCGUCGUCGUCUGGUGGCAGCCAGCUUAACAACACUCACCUGCAAUCCCCACAGCUCAACUCUUCCGGCAUGAUCUCUUCCCUGCAGCCGCAGUCGAUGCUACAGCAACCACAGACCCUCAUGACGCCGCAUACAUCAUACUCGCCCGCCAUCCACCAACAACAGCAUCACCAACAACAACAACAGCACCAGCACCAGCACCAGCACCAGCACCAGCACCAGCACCAGCACCAGCACCAGCAACCGUCCCUGUCGCCUCCUCUCCGCACGAUGCAGCAAGGCCACCACCGCUCCCCAAACAACCCCAUGUCGCUUCCUCUCUCCUCCACGCCCGUCUCUCUCCCCGUCUCCUCUCAGGCAUCGUUAUAUACGUACCCACAGCAGCAGUUCUGGGGAGCGCCACCGCAGCAGCCGCUUUCGCAUCAGCAGCCGCAGCAACACCAUCCAUCUCAGCCGUCGCCCUCACACGUGCAACAUCAGCCCCAACAUCAUCAACCCAUCGGAAUGCAGCACCCACAGUAUGCAUCUCCGCUACACAACCAACACCACCCACAGCACCCCUCACAGUCACCAGGCCAACGACAACUGGCCUCUCCGCAGCUCCAGCCACAGCCACAGCCCCAUCCACAACAGCCAGGCAUGAAUUCCAUGGGCUACCCGGGUGUUGUCAACGCCGCAUAUUCCAUGGCAGGUCCAGGCGCGGCCGUCGGGGCAAGAAUGUACUCUUCCCCCGGCAUGGUACAACAGCCUUUCGGUAUGGGAGUCGGAGGCGUGAGCUCUGGUGGCGCAGGCAUGAUGCCGGCCGUUUCAGCGGGUACUGGCGCUAGCCUGCCGUGGUCACCAACAGGGCAGCAGGGACAAGGGCAGGCAGGCCCGCAGGGAGGACACGGUUCAUGGCCCGGGACAUACUAG